AUGCCUAGAAACUAUGUAAAAAAAUCUGCAGGGCCUUCAUAUACGUAUACAUCUGAAGAUAUUAGAAGAGCUGUCGAGGAUGUCGCAAACAAAAAUAAAACCUAUAGAGCAGCUGAAGAGUUCUAUGGUGUUCCUAAAUCUGUUAUCUGUCAAAGACUUACUGGAAAAAGAAGAACCCCCAUUGUCCUAUCAGCACAAGUUGAGAAUACUAUAGAGAAAUGUAUCCUUGCUCGAGCGGAAUACGGUUAUCCCUGCGGUAAAAAUGAGCUGCAGGACCUAGUCAAAACUUAUGUCGAGAGCAAAGAAUUACAAACUUAUUAUAAAAACAAUAGACCCGGAGACGAUUGCCCGAAUAAGGCCUGUUUUAUUUAUAACGCAGAUGAAAGUGGUUUUCCUAGUGACCCUAGUCGCAUUCGUGCAAUAGGCCGAAAAGGUAGGCCACUUUGUAGAGUAUCAGGAGGUAGUGGUAGGGAAAAUACCACGGUGCUCGCUUGCAUUGGAGCCGAUGGAUCUGUUUUACCUCCGCUAGUCGUAUUCAAGGGAGCCGCAGUUCAGCCAAGAUGGGUUUCAGAAAAAGAAUACCCUGGUACCCGUUAUACCACCUCAAGUAAUGGAUGGAUGGAGGAGCCGCAAUUCUUCCAUUGGUUCACCAACAGCACCAAAUUUUCCAUAAGCGAAUUUACUGGAAAUAGUGUUGAUAGUACUCUUCAAGAACGAGAAAAGAUGCAGCCACCUAACGUCUCAUAUCUACGUUCCUGUUUUCAAGAGAUCAUAUCUUCCACAUCCCAAUCUAGCGCAACUGAUAUUUCAAAUCAACCUUUGGUGUUGCAAACCAGCCUACAACAAAUUGAUAUGUCUGAUGAACCGACCACUUCCCAAGUCAACACACACCCGAUGAUUGAUUCCCAAAACGCAACUCAAAAUACCAAUGUUUCAAAGAAACCUUCUGCUACAAAUGGAUCAGAAAUUGAGAAUCUCUUUUUUAAAAGAACUGAAUUGGAAGAUGUCGUACAACAAAAAACAACAAACGUUCGAUUAAAACAAAAGACUUAUGGUGAAGUACUUACAACAGAAGAUGUCUUGAAAAGACUUAAGGAGGCCGAAGAAAAGAAGCAGUUGAAAAAGAAACGUCCAAAAUUACAAAAUACAGAAAUAGAAACGAUAAAGGUGAAAAAAUUAAAAAAACAAAAGUGGACUUUGACUGAAAAUGCCAGUGAUAGUUCCUUGGAUGAAAAUGAUGAAGAUGAAAUUGACAUUAAGGCAUGCCAAUUUUCAGAGCAAUUUCAUUUUAGUAAGCUUUAA